CCACAAACAUCUACGAUUCUUCUGGUUGGUGGUUUUCCAGUUCUGCAAAAGUUCAGAGACAGAGAAACUCAUCACUUUGGAAACCUGAAAUUGAUUUCAAUGGCGACGAGGAAUCGAACUCUACAGUUCAGAAAGCACAGAGACGCCGUGAAGAGCGUGCGUGCUCCUCUCUCUUCUUCCGCAUCUGCUUCCACCGGUCCCGUCAUUGAAAUGGUUAGCACUUCGCUUCUUCGUUCAAAUCGCUCCUCUUAUGCCCCUUUAAGCACCGAAGAUCCAGGUCCAGCCACCUCUAGGGAUGCAUUUACUGUGGGAUUGCCUCCAUCUUGGGUGGAUGAUUCUGAGGAAAUUGCUACAACUAUACAACGUGCUCGUGUUAAAAUUUCUGAGUUAACCAAAGCUCAUGCUAAGGCUUUAAUGCCCUCGUUUGGUGAUGGCAAAGAGGAUCAGCGUCAUAUUGAGACUCUCACCCAAGAAAUUACGUCUCUCCUCAGAAAGUCUGAAAUGCGGCUUAAAAGAUUUUCUGCUGCUGGUGGAUCUUCUGAGGAUUCAAAUGUCAGAAAAAAUGUGCAGGAUGUGCUUGUGUUUGUGAGUUAUGAGGGAAAGGGAAGGAAGGGAAAUUUAAGGCGUUCCCUUGCUACAGACCUUCAGAACCUGUCAAUGGAUCUCCGGCGAAAACAGUCAGCAUACUUGAAACGUUUGCAGCAGCAAAAAGAGGGUUAUGAUGGGGUUGACUUGGAGAUGAACUUCAAUGGGAGUAAAUAUGGAUCACAUAAUGAUGGAUUUGAUGAUGUGGGUUUUAGUGAAGAGCAAAUGACAAAGCUAAAGAAAAGUGAGCAGUUCUCAGAGGAAAGGGAAAGAGAGAUUGAACAGGUUGCUAAAUCAGUCCAUGAACUUGCUCAAAUCAUGAAGGAUCUCUCGGUCCUUGUGAUAGAUCAGGGAACUAUUGUGGAUAGAAUUGACUACAACAUUCAGAGCGUUGCAACAUCCGUUGAGGAGGGCUUCAAGCAGUUACAAAAGGCAGAGAGAACGCAGAAAAAAGGAGGAAUGGUUAUGUGUGCAACAGUGCUUGUUAUAAUGUGCGUUGUCAUGAUAGUUCUCUUGAUAUUCAAGGAGAUCAUCUUUUAGUUGUGUUACUGAUAGAUUUACCGUCCAGCAUCUUGUUAAUUCCCAUUCCUCCUUUCAAUGUGAAUCAAAUUGCUUUCUGUUUGAAGACAGUAUCAUCGGGCACUAUUAUAAUGCAUUUCACGUUGUGGGAAUUUUUUUUUUGAAAGUGCCUUGAGUUUACAUGAUUGGCUUCUUAUUGGGAGGCAAUUGGGGGAUGGCAUUGUACAGCAUUGCUUCCUGCAAAUAUCUUCCUAUGAUUGUUGCUGGUGCUUCAGAUUUGCAAAGAAAAUUUGUACAUGUUAGUAGUUUUAUCAAAUAAUGUAUAGAGGGGUUUUCAUCAAUUUCAUCUUUUGACCAUUUUUUUAGAAAAAUUAGAAAAGGUAGUGCUAGAUAGAAAAUUUCAUUAUUCAAAGAUAGAUCCUGGAUAAGACAAAGUGGAAGGGCAAAUUAUAUCCAUCCGAGAGUCACACAUAGAUGCUUCUUUUCAGUCUUUAUCUAUUUGUAUCCCACUUAGGGGGAAUUUUUUUUUCAAAAUUGAGUGAUUUGGCUUUAUUUUGAGCUCGCGAUGGUAAGGUUUGCUGGGUUUUGAUUUGAUUUCUAUUCAUGGCAUAAUUUCGGCCCUUCUCAAUCCUUUCACCAUCCUUGGUCCCACAUGUGCCUUGCAAUAUAUAUUUUUCUCAUAAUUGAUUUAGUCUUUAUUAAAUGUUGGUAAAUUUCAAAUUUUAUUAAUUUACUGCAAAUUAAUAUUUAAUGCAUUACAUAACUUAUUUGUAUAUAAUUUAAAUUAUAAUUGAUUCAUAAUUAUUAAAAUUCAUAAAGAUAACUGAAAAUUUAAUUACAAUUGAUUGGAUUUAAUUCUUACAAAUUAUUUAAUGAAUAUGAAAUGUUAUAAAUAAAUAAAAUAUUGGUGAUAAAUUGCAUUUAAUAAAAUUUAUUCAUAUUAAUUAUAUCAAAAAAUGAAUAUAUAAUAUAAUGUAAAAGAAAGAAGAAAAAUGUAUUAAUUGCCUUAAUUAUCUUUAUUUAAAUAAUUUUACUAAUUAUUUUAAUAUAUUUGUACAUUUAAUGCAUUACAUAACUUAUUUGUAUAUAAAUUUAAAUUAUAAUUGAUUCAUAAUUAUUAAAAUUCAUAAAGAUAAUUGAAAAUUCAAUUACAAUUGAUUGGAUUUAAUUCCUAUUGAUUAUUUAAUGAAUAUGAAAUGUUAUAAAUAAUAAAAUUUAUU